CUGAAGCCGGAGGAAUCGACCGUCUGAGGGAAACUGGUCUUGUGCUGUCAAAUUCUUUGCGCUCACUGUAUAUUUAUUAACUAUCAUUCAACAUGCCUGUCGUUGCUGGUCCCCCUCAAGGGCAUGGUCCCUCUACCUUUGAGAAGAUGAAGAUGGGUGCCAUGAUGGGAUCCACUGUUGGAGGUAUCAUGGGUUUCAUCAUCGGAACUGUCACCAUCUUCCAGUACGGAGCUGGACCUAACGGUGUUAUGCGUACCCUGGGUAAAUACAUGCUUGGUUCUGGUGCUACUUUUGGUCUCUUCAUGUCCAUCGGCAGCGUUAUUCGUACCGAAGGUCCUCACAACGACGCCUGGCUCCGCGCCCGCGGACCCCCGAUGAUGCUCCCCCGUCAGAGCCCUCUGCGCCCUAUGCGCGACUAAAUACUUGAUGAGAAGAUGGAAUUAUACCAAUUGAGGGAUGUGGGCUUUGUGAGGUGGAGGAAGACUGUACGAUAGCGUAUCCUGAAACAUGGAACAAGGAAUGACAUGUUAAUCGCCGAGACGCAAGACAGAGCAGAGCAGCAGUGGCAGUAUCAUGUACAUAUCGAAGGGCAACUCAACCCUGUCCGCUAGUCACCUGAUGCUUUGCAAUGUAUUGAGCGUCCCGGACCGGUUGUGUUAAUCAUAAUGGAAGUCAUGAAUGAUGCAUACAUAGCAUGUGCUGGUAUAUUCUUACUAUUUUUAUCAUCAACUGAACUUUGCUGUUUCUAUCUGUGAAGUAUGAU